AUGAAAUCUAUUGUGUUGGCUUGUAUGCUGGUUGCGGUGGCGUUCGCUGCCCCACAACAAGGAGCCCCUGCAGAGCCCAUCCCCAUUGUAAAGGAUGACAGCCAGAUCAACGGCGACGGAUCCUACCAAUAUGCAUUCGAAACUGGCAAUGGUAUCUCUGCUGACCAGAAGGGAGAGCUGAAGAAGGUUGGUGACGUCGAGGCCUUGGAAGUGCAGGGAGAGUACUCCUACCCUAGCGAGAACGGCGACCCCAUCCACCUGACUUACACCGCUGAUGAGAAUGGAUACCAUCCAGCUGGCGCUCAUCUGCCCACCGCUCCCCCGGUACCUGAGGCCAUCCAGCGCGCCCUCGCCUACCUCGCCACCGCCGCCCCACCCCAGGCAGCCGCCCCAGCUGCACAAUAG